CGCAGCCUCAUCCCACCCUAUCUUCUCUCUGAAAAGUGAAAAUUGGAAAUUGAAACAACAAAGAACUAAAGAACUCUAAACCCCGCAGCCCCAACGCCUCCGGAACCCACCCACGCCCCCUUUCUCUCUCAGUGCGAAAAAUCUAACCCUAACGAACCCAGCCACCAUCCCAUCGCCGAACUCUUCUCCUACGGUAGAGGUUGCUGUCGCCGCCGGCGGGGACAGACCGUGGGUUGAAUCUGCUCGUUUCUCCUUGCUCCUCUUCUCCUCGACGUCGCACGAAGGCAUGCUUGGAGCUGUUGGCGUCGCCGCCGCGAAGGGCUGCUCCGUCGUCGCCUCUGCUCGCCUCGCCGUUCUCCACCGCGAGUGACGUCUGCUUGCUACUUCGGUUCUGCUUGCUUCUUGGAGUGACGUCGUUGUUCUGCUCGCCUCUUUGCUACGUGUACCAGUCGCCCCGGUCCGGUUCUCACAACCUUGCUAGAGACAUUGCCGAAUGGCUUUUUCCGUUUCAGUGUGCUUCUCCCCUAAUGCACUAGCUCGCCCAAACACACACAACAACAGACCCACCCGCACCACCACCAAGAAGCCCCACCAAUCCAACCCUAAAUUCAACAACAACAAAACCGCCACCACUUACUCCAUCCCUCCCGAACCGGUUCUACUCACUGGUGGCGAAGCCACCACCUAUGCUCGCCUUCCCCCCAAGGACGACUACUCCGACCCCUCCUCCUGCACCUCCCAUGAACUCAAGCUCGCUGAAUCAACCCCUGUAAACUUCAACAAGCAACAUCAAGAAGAAGAAGAUUUCAGUGACAAUUUUGAAGGAAAUUACGAAACACUAGCAGUUUUCGAGGGAAAGGGCACUGCUGAAUUGGAAGGCGGGGAUGAAGUCGAAGACAAUGACUUAUUUGAUGAAGACGAUGUGUUAUUUGACGAAGACGAUGAGUUUUUGAGCUUCGAAGAAGAGCCAGUGAAGGAGAAAGGAGUGCCUGCGGUGAUGCGGUGCUUCGAUCGGGCCAAGAUCUAUGUGAAGGCGGGCGAUGGAGGGAACGGCGUAGUGGCGUUCCGCCGCGAGAAGUACGUACCUCUUGGCGUGAUGAGCGGUGCGAAGGGAGAGGACGCGGUGGUGAAGGUGGCGCCGGGAACAGUGGUAAGGGAGGCAGGGAAGGAGGAGGUGCUGCUUGAGAUGGUGAGACCUGGGCAGAGGGCUCUGCUGCUACCCGGUGGAAGAGGUGGCAGAGGGAAUGCUUCAUUCAAGUCUGGGAAUAAUAAGGUUCCCAAGAUUGCUGAAAAUGGCGAAGAGGGCCCAGAAAUGUGGUUGGAGUUAGAGCUCAAGCUUGUUGCAGAUGUUGGUAUUGUAGGUGCUCCAAAUGCUGGGAAAAGUACACUUUUGAGUGUAGUUAGUGCUGCAAAGCCAGAGGUUGCAAAUUAUCCCUUUACAACACUACUACCCAAUCUGGGUGUUGUAUCCUUUGACUAUGAUUCAACAAUGGUAGUAGCAGACCUUCCAGGUCUACUUGAAGGAGCACACCAAGGUUUUGGUUUAGGUCAUGAGUUUCUUCGACACACUGAAAGGUGUUCCGCCUUGAUACACGUGGUAGAUGGGUCAUCGCCACAACCAGAUCUUGAGUUUGAUGCAGUUCGUCUAGAGCUGAAGCUGUUUAAUCCUGAACUCGCUGAGAAGCCUUUUAUAGUUGCUUAUAACAAAAUGGACCUCCCAGAGGGAUAUAAACACUGGGAGUCCUUCAAAGGAAAGCUACUAUCUCGUGGGAUCACACCCUUUUGUAUGAGUGCUGUCAAUAGGGAAGGUACUCAUGAAGUUAUCUGUGCCGCUUAUGAGCUUUUGCGUAAAAGCAAAGAAGACAUGGAAGACUAUGAAGAUGGAGAAGAUAUGACAAACUUGAACCAUGUUGCUGACGCAGUACAGAAGCAGCGUAGCGCAUCCAUUGGUGAUUUUGAAAUUUUUCACGACAGCAAGUCAAAUAUUUGGCAUGUAGUUGGAGCUGGAUUACAACGUUUUAUCCAAAUGACAAAUUGGCGAUACCAUGAUUCAGAGAGAAGAUUCCAGCAUGUUCUUGAAGCUUGUGGUGUGUAUAAGUCUCUUAUGAAACUCGGUGUAAAAGAAGGUGACACAGUGGUUGUUGGAAAGAUGGAGAUGAUAUGGCAUGAUUCCUCAAACACAUCUAGUACAUCAAGAAUGAAGAAAGUAUCCACAGAUUCAGUUAAGUGGCCUGAAUGGAAGUAGUGGCACUCUAUUUUCUUGCUUUUAUGAUGUGUGCUGCAUCUGUGCCUUAGGUAAGGAGAUUUCUCAUAAUGAUUAUGUUCCUUGCUAUUUUCAUUUACUCCUCAGUAACCUUGUUGAAUACCCUAGUUUCCUCUGUUAUGAAAUGGAUAAUAUUCUUCUAGAACAUUCAUACAUAAACAUGAUGGCACCUAUAACAUUCAAAGCCAGAGGGUAACGACCUUUAUAUUAUUCUCUAUGCUUCUAUAUUCAUACCAUUGCCAUUUUGUUCAAA